AUGGCUUCGAUCGUGCUGCUGCUGUCGGAGCUGCUCGGCGGCGCGGGGAGCACCAGCAUGCUGGAGGCCAACUGCUACAUGGGCGGCCACAGCCUGCGGGAAUUCCGGCCCGCGGCGGCCACGGGCGAGCGGGCGCCCACGGAGCCGAAGCUGCGGGGAACAACCUCAACGGCGGCGAAGGAUGAGGAGCCGUCGUCGUUGGACCUGGAGGAUCUCUCCGCCGUGUCCAGGAUAUCGGUGGACGUGAUGUGGCCCUGA